UGACAUGGGGCUUCCUACUCUGUAAAUGGAUGCAACGUGGCCAGGGGAUAUGUAUGCCAUCCUUAUCUUAUCAGAUUCAUCCCAAAGCGGCGCAUCUCGGCCGUUCGUCAUCUUAUCCCCGAUCUGCAACGCCCCUGACAGCUGUCACCCAUCUCUUAUCUACCCAUCAUCAGCUUAAUUCCAACAGAACAGCCUAGGUGGAAAAUGGACCCCGACGCAAGCGUACCAAUUGACGAGCCAUCCGCCUUCAACUACGUGCUCUCCUUCCUCCUCGUCGGCGUAGCAUGGGGCUUCACGACGCCAUUCAUCCGACGCGCCGCAGCGGACUUUAACGCUCGGCAGGAAGCACUCCAGAAUCCGCCGUCCCAGACGUCGCCGCAGACGCAACCAGCACAGUCUACCACCGAAGAACAGGAGCUACAGGAUCAAAGCCAGGGCGCAACUAGCACCACGAAGAAUGGAGAUGGACACGAAAGUGAAGAGGAUGAGGACUCGGAAUCGGGAGAGGAAGACCAGCCUCUUACUUCGAAUGCGCGAUCAAGAACAAGAACUACUGCUGCGGCUGCUGCAGGAGGAAGUAGCACUCGCGUCCCCGCGUGGAUGAAACCGAAGCCUACAUCUUCAUGGCUCACGACCAAGAUCGUGACCGUCUUCUGGACGGUUGUUAAUCUCCUCCGCACGCCAGCGUAUUCCAUUCCGCUUGUUAUCAACUUGACUGGAAGUAUUUGGUUCUUUUUGUUGGUUGGGAAGCAUGAAUUGUCCUUGACUGUCCCACUGGCGAAUUCGAGUGCAUUCCUCUUUACCGUCCUCGGGGAGUGGUAUGUCGAGCGCAAGGUCAUUGAGAAAGAGACAUGGUUGGGAAUGGCGCUUGUCUUGGGCGGUAUUGGGAUCUGUGUGCAUUCGAAGAACCAGAAUUAAUUAGCUAUAAUCCAAUAUGAAUAAAAUGAAAUGCAGUA